AUGAAGGUUGGUGCGAAAAUGGCUCAAAGUUCAGGUUCGUCAAACUUUGAAUACAAAAAUGAUAACAAUGGUGUUGUGUGUCUUGCAAGUGUCAAGUAUCCAUCAAAGAUUGUGAAAGCUUGGACAGAUGACAAUCCUGUGAGGCGAUUCUAUAGUUGUGGUAGAGGACGUAAAGUUGGUAAUGGGUACAACUUUUGCAAUUUUUUCCGUUGGUUUGAUUUGGAGAAACCUCACGGAUGGCAAUACUUUGCAUUGUUGGAGGCAAGAGAUCACAUGCAUGAGCAGAAGGGAAGUUAA